CUUACCAAGAGCAGAAUUAAGAGUCAGGAGCACCGUGACUCCAGGCCAGAGGAGGGAGGCAGUGCCCACACAGCGCUGGCUACAUUUAAGGUGGUGGAUCUUUCCCGCUGGCCGGGCAGCCCUGAGCAGCACGGACCGCCAAGAAACCUCAUCGGGCACUGCUGCGGAUCCCUCCUGCAGCCCUGCGUUAGCACCAGCAGCACGGCCACCUUUCAGAGGGUUGGAUGAGGGCCGAGAAAGGACGCGGAGGAUGAAAACACCUUUAUCCCACAGCGCCGGCUCCCGCCCAGCGCCUGCGCCAUGGCCCCGGCCCGGCAGCGCUAUGGCGGCGGCCUGGCGGGCCGUGAGGGGCGGCCAUGGAGCCCGUGAGGGAGCCGGUGAGGGACGGCCGUGAAGCCCGUGAGCGACGGCCGCGGAGCCCGUGAGGGAGCCGGUGAGGGACGGCAGUGGAUCCCAUGAGGGAGUCGGUGAGGGACGGCCCUGGAGCCCCUGAAGGACGGCCGCGGAGCCCGUGAGGGAGCCGUCGCUCUCCACGGAACCUGCGUGUUCUUCAGCUCUGGGAUCCAUCUCUACAUAUUACAGCCCUGCUCACCUGAGCACCUUUAGAAGUUACAGCGCUGACACAGGCAGGAUAAGUGAGCAUUUACGUGCUUCAAGAUGCCCAACUCGAAUGCCAAACUUCAUUCUAACCACAGGGGAGGCCGAGAAGCCAGCAGGAGGGAGCUGGUCUCCAGGUCUUUGCAGAGUGCUGAGCAUUGCCUGGAGAACCAGGAUUUUGGAACUGCAUAUGCUCACUAUCUCCUGGUACUAAAUCUAGCUCCCGAGCUAAAAACUACUGUCAAAGAAACAUUUCAGUUUACUCUCUUCAAAUGGGCAGAGGAACUGGAUUCUCUGGCACGGAUUCAAGAUCUGUUUAACUGCUAUGAACAAGCUCUUGAACUGUAUCCCAAUGAUGAAGUGAUCUGUAACAGCAUGGGAGAACAUCUCUUCAGGAUGGGCUUCAGAGACGAAGCAGCCGGCUACUUCCACAGAGCCGUGAAGCUGAACCCCGCCUUCGCCGACGCCAGGGAGAACUUCCACCGCGUAGCCAACUGGCUGGUGGAGCGCUGGCACUUCACCAUGCUCAACGACGGCCGCCGGAACCGCGCCUACCGCGGCGCCAUCGAGCGCGCCGUGCGCGCGGGGAGCGCCACCGUGCUGGACAUCGGCACGGGAACGGGCAUACUCAGUAUGUUUGCAAAAAAGGCAGGAGCAUCUUCUGUCUAUGCCUGUGAAUUAUCCAAAACCAUGUAUGAACUGGCCCGUGAUGUGGUGGCAGCAAAUAACAUGGAAAGAGAGAUUAAACUUCUGCAUCUGAAGUCACUGGAUAUAGAAAUUCCAAAGCACAUACCUGAGAGAGUUUCCUUGGUUGUCACAGAAACAGUCGAUGCUGGCUUAUUUGGAGAAGGAAUUGUGGAGAGCUUGAUCCAUGCUUGGGAACAUCUGCUUUUACAGCCUAAGCCUAAAAACCAAGACAUUAGUGCUGGACACUAUGGCAGAGUUAUUCCUGCAAGUGCUACAGUAUUUGGGAUGGCAGUGGAAUGCACAGAGAUACGUAGGCAUCACAGAGUGGGAGUGCAGGAGGUGGCCGGUGUGUCCCUGUCGGAUUCAGUGCGGUUCUUCAGCCCCACGCACGCUGCUGCAGGCUCGGAGGAAACCCUGGAGCCCUACACCACCGAGAGGCUCAGCCGUGUGCCCGGGGGCUACAGAGCCCUCACACAGCCCUGCCAGCUCAUGACAGUGGAUUUCAACGACCUGCAGGACCUGAAAAGCCUGGCAACCAGAAAGCCCUGGAAGCUGAGCCUGCCAGUCACUGAGGGAGGAACACUGGAUGCUGUGGUGGUGUGGUUUGUGCUGCAGCUGGAUGAUGAGCACUCUCUGUCCACAAGCCCCAGUGAGGAAACCUGCUGGGAGCAGGCUGUGUAUCCUGUGCAGGGCCUCCCUGAUUAUUCUGUGAAGACUGGAGACACUGUGGUGAUGGAAGUUUGCUGCCAGGACUGCUACUUGAAGAUCCAGAAGAUUUCUUCUUUGCCCUCAGAGUGUGGGAUGGAUUUCAGUGCCAGAGAUGAGACGCCGGGUUUGGGUAACGAGGCUGAGUUAUGUCAUGCCCUGGCUGGGCUGCAGACGAGCAGCAGGCAGGACGGCAGAGCUGCAGUGUGCGUGCUGGAACCCACAGAAAUGGCCCUGCUCAACGACACAGCCUACCACGAGUGCUUCAGAGCUGCCAUGGCCAAAGUGCUGCUGCCACCAAACCCCAGCAGGGACUCGCCCUCCAUGGACAUUGACGGACACAGCAGCGGGAUGAACCCCCAGGAGCAUCCAGAGAGCUCCCCAGGUGUGGAAACUGAGGCUUUGUACGUUCUGGAUGUGUCUGAAGGCUUCUCCAUCCUGCCAAUUGUAGCUGGCAAGCUUGGCCCAGUCAGAGCCUACAGCUCUGUGGAGAAGGAGCAGCAGCAGGCAGCGCUUCACGUCAUUGCAGAGGCAAACCAUUUCCCCAAGGAAACACUGGAGUUCUGGCUCAGCCACUUAGAAGAGGAAAGUGUGGUGCUACAGAGACCCAAAUCAGACAAACUGUGGAGUAUUAUUAUCUUGGAUGUUAUAGAGACGUCGGGUUUAAUCCAGCAGGAAGUGAUGGAAAAGGCUGCAAUAUCCAGGUGUUUACUUCACAGUGGGGGGAAGAUUUUCCCCCAGUACGUGCUGGUGUACGGGAUGCUCGUGGAAUCGGAGUCGCUGCUGCUGGAAAGCGCCGUUCAGGGAACAGAGCCCACCCUGGGCCUCAGCAUCGCCCCUUUCAUCAACCAGUUCAAGGUUCCUGUCCGUGUGUAUUUGGAUCUGUCCACGUUACCCUGCGUCCCCCUGAGCGAGCCAGCAGAGCUCCUGAGGCUGGAUCUCAUGAACCCUCUGCUCAACAGCCCCAGCAGAGAGGUGAAGAUCCAGAUCUGUAAGACAGGCAGGGUCACUGCCAUUCCCUUCUGGUACCACAUCCACCUGGAUGAGGAGCACAGCCUGGACACCUCUGCUGAGAGCUCCCACUGGAAACAAGCUGCAGUGGUUCUGGACGAGCCCCUCCCAGUCCAGGCUGGAGAUGAACUCGUGCUCCAUGUCCAACACCAUAAAAGCAAUAUCAGCUUCACAGUUAAAAGGUGAAUCCUGUGUGAUUUGUGCUUAUUUACCUGUGCAUAAACUGACUGCUCAGAACAACACUGCUGUUACUUUGUAUUAAAGUCUAAAUUUUA